GUGACAUAGUUUUAUCGAAAUUCAGCAUCAUGGAAAGAACAACUUUAAAGUUGUUUUGCGAAAGUCAAAGCAACCCAAAAUCAUCCUUUUCCUGGACAGGAUCGAACAUAAUGCAGACUGGAAGUGUUCUUCUCCGCAAUAAUAUAAGCAGAUUGGAGAGGGGUCAUAUGUCGUGUACGGCUAAAAAUACAAUGACGCAUAUUGACCAGCCUGUGGAAGGAUUGUCGUCUGCAAAUAUUACACUCAACAUUCUCUAUUCGCCCCAGUUGCAUCAACUUCCCGGGGUUAGCGCUCUGGAAGGUGAAAAUUUAACACUGAAAUGUGAAUACGAGCCAGGUAACCCAACAGAAACAACAGUCGGUAUUACUCGGUUAAACGACCGGAUUACCUGGACCGAAAGAACACAUUUCAUUCCAUCACUGAAGAGAAGCGAUGCUGGUAUGUACAGUUACACAGUUCGUAACAUCAUGAAGCCAACGGGACAACAGAAUGAAAUCGUUGGAGAGGAUACUGGGAUUUUCCAGGUUAACGUAUGGUACAAAACUUCUGUGACCAAGUUUGGUUUAACCAGUCAUCCAGACGCGAUUAAUGUUACUGUUGAUGAAAACACAACGCUUAACUUCUACUGUAAAGUUGACAGUAACCCAAGCUCCACUAUUUCAUUUGGAAAAUCGGACAGGAUACAAAACAACACUACCCUAAAAAGGAACUACGGGUUCCUUCAUUUGGCAUUUGAUGUUCAACAAGCCGGCUGUUUCGAUACAGCAAGGUUCACCAAGAGCAUCAGGAGGUCAAUGGGAAAGCAACAUUACAGGGGUACAACGUAUUAUCAAGUUCACAACAGUGACAAAUACACAGUCAGCAAUGCCGGUGGACUUACAACAUUCACCAUCAAUGCUAUUGAGCAAGAAUAUUUUUCAACCUAUCUGCUUACGGUGUCCAAUGGAAUAAGUCCCGACUUCAACAAAAUAUUCAACUUAAGACCUCAAGAACCACCACCUGGAACCAUUGGAUCUAUAGUUGGUGGAACAACUGCAGGGAUAGUGGCAGCGAUUAUUCUGGUGAUAGUGGUGGUCUUUGUUUUGAGACGAAAGUACAACUUUGACUGUUUGUGUUCAUUCAGGCUAUCUCGGAAAGAUCUGUAUCAUGAUGCACACACAGAUAACGGAAUAGAUACACAAGGAGCUGAUAAUCGUUGGUACAACGCUUCUCAGACCUAUGAAGACAUUUCAAUGGUAACGGACAAAUCUAUGUACGAUACACUGAAUAAUGGAGACAAUGGAUGACCCCGUUUACAACAACACUGUGCUAAAGGACCCGGCACAGUCGUUGUUUCAGAUGAACUAGCGGAAAGUUUACCUAUAAUGUUUGACGCUGUUCGACGAUGUAAGAGGAUGUGAAGUUUUAGGAUUGUUGUACGCUUCGUUGUCAGUUAAAUGUUUACCAUGCAUUAUAUUGUGAAGGCAAUGCUGAACCUUUCUUUGUUGAGGAUAUCACAGAGAUGGAAAAUAGGGAAAUUACAUAAUAAUGUUACAAAUGCCAUGGUUAUGUUCGUGUUUAAAUUUGUAAUUUGUAGAAAUUCUUGUGAUUUAAUCCUUAUAUAACAACAUGUAUGCUGCUCGUUAGCCUUUGUUUUGUAUAUUAUGAUAUGUAAUAUUGUUAUUAAUCUAAAAAUAAACGAUUCAAUACU